AUGAGGCAAGGACAGAUGCCAGAUACUACCUUCCAACAGCUAUACAACCCUUCGCUGCGCCGAUGUCCUAUCCGUUCUGGAGAGGUUACCAGGGUUUACCGGGCGACCGCCAUUAUGGAAUGGACGUCGGCAACGCAAGCGUGGGUGCGUAGCGGUCGCUUAAACAGUCGUGCGCGCGGCCAGCCACCCGCACUCGUCUACAGAGCACCGUACAAUUCUGGACACCAGGCGAAGGGCUCAGGAUCUCGGCUUCUCCUCUCUGGCGGCUAG